GCGGGUAUUUUCCGGGAGGAGGGAGGCGGAGGGGGGCUGAGGAAGGAGGCGGUGGAGAUGAGCAGCGAGAACUCGGGGGCGGCGGGGAAGUCAAGGUCGGACGACGACUGCGAAUUGUUGCCGGAAAAUGGGGACGAGGUGUUGGAGGAUGACGAUGAGAACAACGACGGCGACCGGAAAAAGAAGAGGAAGAAGUAUCACCGGCAUACCGCCGAACAAAUUAAAGAGAUGGAAGCGCUGUUUAAAGAGUCUCCUCAUCCGGAUGAGAAGCAAAGGCUACAGCUGAGCAAGCAAUUGGGCCUUCACCCUAGGCAGGUUAAAUUUUGGUUUCAAAAUCGUCGGACCCAAAUCAAGGCGGUACAAGAGCGCCAUGAAAACUCUCUACUCAAGAGUGAAAUCGAUAAACUUCGGGCCGAAAAUAAGGCGUUGAGGGACGCCGUGAAAAACUCAUCGUGUCCCAACUGUGGAUUUGGCUCAUCUACCAACGACGCCGUUUCAAGCACCCAUGACCAAAAACUAAGAAUUGAAAAUGCUAGACUCAAAGCAGAGGUCGAAAAACUAACGUCCAUUAUUUGUAAACACCCUCCUCCAACAUCACAAACCGGCUCCUCAGUCCAUUCAUCCAAUGAUCAAGAAAACAAGAGUCCCUUAGAUUUCUGCAUGGGAAAUUUUGGCCUCGAGAAAUCACGCAUAAUGGAUGCCGUUGAUCGAGCGACGGACGAGCUGCGCAAAAUGGCUACUCAAGGUGAGCCAUUGUGGAUUCGAAGCUUCGAAACGGGCCGCGAAAUUCUAAACUAUGAUGAGUACAUGAAAGAAAUUUGUGGCGAUAAUCGCGAUAUUAUGCAGCAGACAAAGAAACUAUCUAUAGAGGCUUCAAGAGAAAGCAGAGCCAUCUUUGUUGAUCUGCCAUGGCUGGUUCAGAGCUUUAUGGAUGUGAAUCAGUGGAAAGAGCUGUUUCCUUGCAUGGUAGCAAAGGCAGCUACUGUGGAUGUUCUUUGCAGUGGAGAAGGUGCCAACAAAGAUGGUGCAGUUCACAUGAUGUGUGCAGAGAUGCAAAUGCUGACUCCAAUGGUGGCCACAAGAGAAGUGUAUUUCAUUAGACACUGCAAAAAACUGAGCCCCAACCUGUGGGCAAUUGUAGAUGUCUCGAUCGACAAAAUCGAGAGUAAAAUCGAUGCGUCUCUAAUGAAAUGCAGAAAGAGGCCAUCUGGAUGUAUUAUUGAGGACAAGUCCAACGGCCACUGUAAGGUUGUGACUUGGGUUGAGCACUUGGAAUGCCAGAAAACCACGGUUCAUUCUCUGUAUCGAACAGUAGUGAACUGUGGCUUAGCAUACGGCGCAAAGCGCUGGAUUUCAACCCUGCAGCAGCAGUGUGAGAGGCUCGUGUUCCUUGUGGCUACUAAUGUUCCCACAAGGGAUUCAAGUGGAGUUGCUACACUUGCUGGGAGAAAAAGCAUUUUGAAAUUGGCGCAAAGAAUGACCUGGAAUUUUUGCCGAGUGCUGGGGGACUCGAGCUGCAACUCAUGGAACAAGAUCACCACCAAAACUGGAGACGACAUAAGAGUAACUUCAAGAAAAAACCUAAGUGACACUGGAGAACCACUCGGCACAAUUUUGUGUGCAGUUUCUUGUGUGUGGCUGCCUGUUUCCCCACAUGCCUUAUUUGAUUUCCUGCGAGACGAAAAUCGAAGAAAUGAGUGGGACACCUUGUCCAAUAGAAGCACAAUACAAUCAGUAGCAAACUUGGCUAAAGGGCAAGACAGAGGAAAUGCAGCUGCAGUCCUGGCCAUGAAAACCGAUGAACACAACACAUGGAUACUCCAAGACAAUUCCACAAACGCGUACGAAGCAACCGUUGUGUACGCAUCUGUGGAUGCAAAUGGCAUGCAAUCUGUGAUGACAGGCUGUGACUCUAGCAACAUAGCAGUUCUACCAUCGGGUUUCUCUAUCCUUCCCGAUGGGAUUGAAUCCCGGCCGUUCGUGAUAACUUCAAGACCAGAUGAAAAGGGCUCGGAAGGAGGGUCUUUGCUUACCAUUGCAUUUCAAAUGCUCAUAGGAGACUCGACAACUGCAAAGCUUUCAGUUGACUCUGUGGAUGUGGUCAACACGCUCAUAUCUAGCACGUUGCAUAACAUAAAGAGAAGUCUGCAAUGUGAAGACUGA